AUGGAGUGCGUCAUCGGCGUGGUCGGCCGCGACUUCGCGGUGGUGGCCGCGGACACGUCCGCCGUGCAGAGCAUCCUCGUCCACAAGACGGACGAGGACAAGAUCAUGCUCCUCGACUCCCACAAGCUCAUGGGCGCCUCCGGGGAGCCCGGCGACCGCGUGCAGUUCACCGAGUUCAUCCAGAAGAACCUCCACCUCUACCAGUUCCGCAACAACAUGCCGCUCAGCACCGCCGCCACCGCCAACUUCACCCGCGGCGAGCUCGCCACCGCCCUCCGCAAGAAUCCCUACUCUGUAAACAUCAUACUUGCAGGGUUUGAUAAAGAUGCUGGUGCAUCGAUGUACUACAUUGACUACAUCGCAACGCUCCACAAAAUUGACAAGGGAGCAUUCGGGUACGGGUCGUACUUCUGUUUGUCGCUGAUGGACAAGUUGUACCGCCCUGACAUGACUGUCGAGGAAGCGGUAGACCUUGUUGACAAGUGCAUCAAGGAGAUCAGACUCCGGCUGGUCGUCGCGCCUCAGAAUUUCGCCAUCAAGAUCGUGGACAAGGAUGGCGCCAGGGACUAUGCUAGGCGUGAGAUAGGAGGUGACAGUCCUGCAGCCGCAACCGCAACCGCAACAAUAGCAACAACUGCCUGA